AUGCUUGUCUCUUCUGAAAUUAUCCCUGCAUUAGGCCUGUUCUUGGGGCUCACCACAGCUACAUACACCUUACAGGAUGACUACGGCACCAAUCAGACGUUCUUCAGUAAAUUUGACUUCUUCACAAGCCCAGAUCCCACCCACGGUUACGUAGAAUACGUUGACCGCGCUACCGCUCAAAGCGCCGGUCUGAUCAGUGCAUCUAGUGGCUCUGUUUACCUCGGCGUCGACACAAGCAAUGUGGCGAGCUCCCCAGGUCGCCAAAGCGUCCGCCUUACCAGUAAAAAAGCCUACAACCAUGGACUGGUGAUUCUUGACUUGGAGCAUAUGCCAGGAAGCGUCUGUGGUAGCUGGCCUGCUUUCUGGAUGAUCGGCACAGUCCCACCCACUGCCGGCGAAAUUGAUAUUAUCGAGGGUAUCAGCGACUACACUACCAACGAGGUCACUCUGCACACUAAUGAGGAUGGCUGCUCGAUCCAAAACUCAGGCUUCAGUGGGAGUCUGGAUACCAGCGAAUGCUAUAUCUACACCAAAAGCGAUGGCAGUGGUGGUUGCGGCAUCAUCGACCCAAGCAAGCAGUCUUAUGGAGAUGGGUUCAACGCUGCCGGUGGUGGUGUCUUCGCGACAGAAUGGACCAGCGAUGGGGUCCACGUCUGGCGCUUCUCCAACUCGAGUAUUCCUGCCGACAUCAGCUCUGGCCGCCCCAAUCCGUCGACAUGGGGAACCCCGGUCGCUAGCUUCGCUGGGAACUGUGAUUUCGACGCCCAGUUCAAUAACCUUCACAUUGUCUUUGAUAUCACCUUUUGUGGUGACUGGGCUGGCUCGGAGUGGUCUAGUGAUUCCUGUACCUCCAAAGCCCCCACAUGUCAAGAUUUUGUGCAGAAUCACCCGAAGGCCUUCACCGAAUCUUACUGGAGGGUGAGAUCUCUUAAGGUGUACACCAACGACAGGAGCACCAAGCGAAGCGCCGGCACCAACACUAUACCCAAGGUACGCCGCCGCGGUGGGCACAAAUAUGGCAUGUAA